CCUUCGACAUCUUCUGUCAUCAUCACAUUCUGAAACCAUUUUUCUCAACAACAAGAAGAAGCAAGGCAUCUGGUUUCCUCAAUAUUAAUUCAGUUGAGAGUUCAGACGAGUCAUAAAUAUAUAUGUGAUUAUUGGAGCAGAAAAUACAUACACUCAUAAUCAAUGGCACUAAUCACAACUGGUGGAAACCCAUCAUCUUCUGCAACUGAAGAUAUUGAACAAUUGAACUUGAAUUACUACCAAGAACUGUACCGUGCUGCACUCAAAGGCAAUUGGAAAGAGGCUAAGAGUUUUUUGGACAGAGAUCCUGAUGCUGUCAAAGCUAGGAUCUCAAAUUUAAAAAUGACUGCACUUCAUGUUGCUGCUUGUGAAGGGCACUCAGAAUUUGUGGAGAAUAUAGUGGCACUUAUGCCCGCAGGUGAACUGGCAGAACUGGAUGACCUUGGCUAUACAGCCCUCCACUAUGCUGCCAUAGGUGGAAGCCUGAGGUCUGCUAAGGCAUUGUUGGCGGCGAAUUCCAAUUUAACGCAAGUUGUCGAUAGUGAAGGAAGAACACCUCUCCUCCUGGCUGCCAGUUUGGGUUCCGAGAGUAAAGAGGUGGUGUGGUACUUGUUGUUGGUAACUACAGAUGAGAAACCUGGUCAACCCUUCACUGGUCCAAGGGCUGCUUACCUUAUCAAUGUGCUUAUUGCCUCAGGUCUCCAUGAAAUUUCACUGUAUCUACUUGAGAAACACCCUCACUUGGCAACUGCUAUUGAUCAUCAAGAUAAUAAUUGCACUCCUUUAUUUAUUUUGGCAAGGAACCAGUCAAACUUCCUUAGUGGCAGCAGGCUUGGCUUUUGGGAAACCUGCAUUUACCAAUUUCUACCUGUUGAAGUGAACUAUGGCCCACCGCGUUCAGUGAGGGCCUAUGUUGGGGGACAUGAAAGCGUCCAAGACCAACUGAGAAUGCCAACAUCAGCACAGAAUAAAGUUCUUCAUGGGUUAAGAAGACUGCUUUGUGGAGCUAUUAAACCAAUAGCAUCAGCUCGUUUCAGGCAACUCCAAGAUGCAAAACUUAGACAUCAUUGUGCAGUUGAACUAGUACAACAAAUUUGCAAACAAAUUUCAAAGAAGAAUAUUUCUGAGCGUUUGGACUAUCUUUUGAAAUUAGAAAUCCUCAACACGGCCACCGUUAAUGGGACAACUGAAAUUUUAAGGACACUCCUAAAUUUUUUUCCUGAUUUAAUUUGGGUUCGCUUCCGCAACAACAGAUUUUUAGUACUCACUUAUGCUAUUGAACAUCGUCAUGAAAAUCUUUUCCGUAUGGUGUGUGAUAAGACUGCACGAAAUAAAUUAAUGGCUUUUGCAGUACUAGAACCGAGGGAGACCAUCUUGCAUCUGGCAGCAAAGUUGCCUCCCCUUUCCCAACUAUCAUCUAUAUCUGGUGCAGCUCUACAAAUGCAGAGAGAGUUGCAGUGGUUCAAGGUGGUGGAGAACCUAGUUCACCCUUAUUAUAAGGAGUAUCCAAACAAAAGUCUCGAAACUGCAAGGGAAUUAUUCACCAAGGAACAUAAACAAUUAGCUGAGAGUGGAGAGAAAUGGCUAAAGGAUACUUCAAAUUCUUGCAUGCUCGUUGCAGCUCUCGUUGCCACAGUUGUGUUUGCUGCUGCUUUUACAGCACCUGGAGGUAACAACAACGAUGGAGAUCCAAAUUUCUUAGAUAAGAACACAAUCGUGUUCAUGGUGUUUGCUGUUUCAGAUGCAAUAUCUCUAUUUGCUUCUUUAACUUCCCUCUUGAUGUUUUUAUCAAUUCUAACUGCACGUUAUGCCGAAGAAGAUUUCCUCGAGUCAUUACCAAAGAAGUUGAUAAUAGGUUUAGCUUCUCUCUUCAUUGCUAUAGCCACCAUGAUGGUAGCCUUUGGUGCAACUUUUACAAUUGUGCUCAGCAAGAAAUUCAAUUGGGUUUAUAUCCCGAUCACCUUGCUGGCCUCUUUCCCGGUGACUCUUUUCGCCUUGCUGCAGCUUCCCUUGUUUAUCCAAAUGGUCCGAUCAACAUUUGGACGGAGCAUCUUUAGACCUCAAAACAUUUGGUAGACUUCUUUCUUCCUUGCACUUUCAGGGGAACUUCCAAAAUAAAAUAAAUAAAUGAAAGUGACAGGAGACUCUCGUCUUUUACAAGGAGAAAGAGUGUUUUUUUGGGUCUGAAUGGAGAGAGAGAGUCGUCUGUCAAAAAGCAAAAAGACAACAUGUUGACCUUACCAGUCGUCCAUUUUCUUUACGGGAAGAAGACACGAAGGAAGCAUCCUACUUUUUUUAAAUUUUUUUUAUUUUUAUAAUUGCAUCCUCCUUUCUUCAAAUAGCACAAGAUCAAGAAUUGUGUUCUUGAUUUUUGCUAAUUAUUUUAGCAAACAGACAUAUAUACUUAAUCAUCAAUGGCCCUCCCAACCGGUGAAAUCACACUGGAUAUGGAGCCAAGUGGUGGCUCCUUGCAACCAACCAUCAUUACUCACAGUAAAGCACGCACCAAUCAUUAUACAACAAGUGGCGGAAACCCAUCUUCUUCAACAGAACCUAUCCCAAUACAGCAUAGCAAUCCUGGUCAGAAAUUGGAAGUGAACUUGGAUGACUACCUACCACUGUACCGUGCCGCAUCCAGAGGCAAUUGGGAAGAGGCUAGAAAGUUUCUGGACACACAUCCUAAUUCUGAGAGAGCUAGGAUCUCAAAUUCAUCAAUGACUGCACUGCAUGUUGCUGCUUGUGAAGGGCACUCAGAGUUUGUGGAGAAACUAGUGAAACGUGUGCCUGCAGAUGUGCUUGAAAUGCUUGAUGGCAUAGGCUACACAGCCCUCCACUAUGCUGCUAUAGGUGGAAGCCUGAGGUCUGCUAAGGCAUUGUUGGGGAAAAACCCCAAGUUGACACAAUGUUUAGAUAGCGCGGGAAGAACUGUGCUACUCCUAGAUGCCACUUUUGCUUCUGAGAAUAAGGAGCUGGUGUGGUACUUGUUGUUGGUAACUAAACAUGAGAAACCUGGUCUUCCCUCAACUGGUCCUUUGGCUGCUAACCUUGUCAAUGUGCUUAUUGCUUCAGGUUUCCCUGGUAUUUAGCCUCUCGUGCACAAUUGAGGCUAACUAUCAAACCACCUGUACAGUUAGUUUUGAUCAAUUAGAGGUGAAACUGGCUAUAUUGCACCAAUUGACACUUUCUUGAAUGAUUUCGUUCUCUGUUGCAGUUCAUUGGUUAAGACAAAUGCUUUUUGGAGCUAUUAAACGAAUAGCACCAGCUGGUUUCAUGUGACUCCAUGAUGCAAAGCUCAGACAUCAUUGUGCAGUUGAACUACUGAGACAAAUUUGCUUACAACUUUCACAGGAGCAGAUUAAGUCAGAUAUCCUCAAGAUAGCUGCCACUAACGGGAUAGUUGAAUUUAUAAGGACACUAGUAGAAUUUUUUCCUGAUCUAAUGUGGUUUAUCCUCAGCAAAGACCGAUAUUUAUUACUCCCUUUUGCUAUUGAAUUUCAGCAUGAAAAUCUUUUCCGUAUUGUCUGUGGUAAGACUGCACGAAGUAAAUUAAUUGCUUCUACACUACUUGAAUCUGAAUCCGGGGGAACCAUCUUGCAUCUGGCAGCAAAGUUGGCUCCUCUUCCCCAACUCUCAUCUGUAUCUUGUCCAGCUCUAAAAAUGCAGAGAGAGUUGCAGUGGUUCAAGGUGGUGGAGAAACUAGUUCACCCUUAUUAUAAGGACAAUCUGAAU